GUCGGCUGUCAUGCAGAUGAUGAGGCUGUGAUUGAUGAAUUGCAAAUCCUGGCUAGUGCUCCCAAAGAAAACGGCUCUCUCUACCAUUCCAGUAUCCUCCAGAUCCAAGACAUGCAACCCGCAGACAGGAAAUGGCAGCCACCAAAGCGCUGAGGGGAGCCCUUCCAGUCGUUUCUGUCCCGGCUCCAAGUUUUUUCCCAUGAUGGCCUGCAACAGCUCCACCGUCGAGACCUACCAAUACUUGCUGCUGAACGGGAGCAAUGUGUCCGACUCCGGGGCCACCCCACCACCCGCCCCCCUCAGGAUAUCCUUGGCAAUAAUCAUGAUGCUGAUGAUCGUGGUGGGGUUCCUGGGCAAUGCUGUCGUCUGCAUCAUCGUGUAUCAGAGGCCAGCCAUGCGCUCCGCCAUCAACCUGCUGCUGGCCACGCUGGCCUUCUCCGACAUCAUGCUGUCCUUAUGCUGCAUGCCCUUCACGGCCGUCACCCUGAUCACGGUCCACUGGCACUUUGGGGAUUACUUCUGCCGGCUCUCCGCCACCCUUUACUGGUUUUUUGUCCUGGAGGGCGUGGCCAUCCUGCUCAUCAUCAGCGUGGACCGCUUUCUCAUCAUCGUCCAACGCCAGGACAGGCUGAACCCGCGGCGGGCCAAGAGGAUCAUCGCCGUCUCCUGGGCGCUGUCGUUCUGCAUCUCGGCCCCCUCGCUGGCAGGCCGGACGUUCGUGGAGGUGCCGGCGCGGGCUCCCCAGUGCGUGCUGGGCUACACGGAGUUCGCGGCGGAGCGCGCCUACGUGGUGGCGCUGGUGGUGGCCGUGUUCUUCGUGCCCUUCGGCGUCAUGCUGUGCUCCUACCUGUGCAUCCUGCACACCGUGCGCAAGAACGCCAUCCGCGUGCACAACCAGUCCGACAGCCUGGACCUCAGACAGCUCACCAGGGCCGGCCUGCGGCGGCGGCAGCGGCAACAGCAGGUCAGCUUGGACUUGAGCUUCAAGACCAAGGCCUGCACCACCAUCCUGAUCCUCUUUGUGGGCUUCUCGCUCUGCUGGCUGCCGCACUCGGUCUACAGCCUCCUGUCCGUGUUCAGCCGGGGGUUCUACUGCAGCUCCUCCUUCUACACCACCAGCGCCUGUGUCCUGUGGCUCAGCUACCUCAAGUCUGUCUUCAACCCCAUCGUCUACUGCUGGAGAAUCAAAAAAUUCCGCGAGGCCUGCGUAGAGUUGCUGCCCCAGACCGUCCAAAUCCUCCCCAAAGUGCCUGAGCGGAUCAGAAGGAGAAUCCAGCCAAGCACCGUCUAUGUGUGCAAUGAAAACCAGUCCGCGGUUUAAGGGACGGGAGGGAGGAUUGCGCGGAAGGUUCCAGGACCGAGCUCAGAGUCCUGGCACUUUAGCCCUAGCCAGCAUUUCCGGUGGCCCUGUAAGCACAAAGGUACGCCUCUGUUACCAGAUAAGCUGCUGCUUCAAGUUGGCAAGAUGAAUUAUUUUUUUUUUCUUGCUACAGGAGAGCAGUAUGUGGGUCUGAUAGAAACUGGAAGGUA